GUUUUCCCCUUAGUUCGGUUUUUAAAAAAUAAAAAUUAAAUAAAUUGAGGAGAAUGGCUACAAUUUCACAGAAUGAAGGCUCUAAUAUGCAGCAGAUCGAUUUAAUGAAGCUGAAUAUCCAACAGUUAUCACAGUUAAAGCAACAACUAGACUCGGAACUGACGAUUUUUCAAGAUUCUCUAGCGACAUUGAAGAUGGCAAAAGGCAAAUUUGCUGCAAGUAAGGAAUCUUUAGAGCAAUUUAAGGAAGGUUUUGACCAAAAAACUACUCUAAUUCCUCUCACUGGAUCUAUGUAUGUUCCAGGACGUAUAAAGGAUAUUGAGAAUGUAAUUAUUGAUAUCGGAACUGGAUAUUAUGUAGAAAAGGACCGUGACUCGGCUAAGGACUACUUUAAGCGUAAAGUCGAUUUUGUAGGCGAACAAAUCGAAAAAAUUGAGAUUCUCGGGUACGAAAAGUCACAAAUUCGUGAUGCAAUCUGUGAAGUCAUUUCUGUUAAACUGCAACAAAUGAAGGCACAACUUCCACAAGAGAGUUAAAAUAAUCAAUUGCAAGCA